CUUGAACAUGUGUCCAGCACUAGUGGUGGCCUAGAACUCUUGUCGUCUUUUAUAUAAAAUUGAUAAAAUUGAUUUGGACAACGACAAGAUCUCCGGUGUAUCACCUGUGUAGACACAUCUAUUAAAUUUACACCGAAGAAUGGACACGUCAAACAUUUUGUUUUUAUUAUUAACAAUUUGUGCAAUUCAGCAGACGACUACGUCUUCCGAGUAUCAGGGAAAUCUACACACCUGCGAUGAUAUUCCGUCACGAAAUUGGUGUACUAACAGACAAAUCGCCACACUAUGCAAUGUACUGGAAGCGUGUGAGGAUUUCUGGACCAUGCAUGGAAUAGUUCCAACUCCUUUUCCACCCACAGAUCCACCGGAAACAAAAUCUCCAAUAUAUGGCGUUGUCACCUACAUCAAAAAAUCGAGAGAGAUCCAACCACAGAAUUUUUCAUAAUUAUUACAAUAAAUUGUAAUAAUUGAAUUCACAUGCUGAGCAUUGAGAGUUGAAGUGGUAAAUGCUAUCUUAAUAAAAAUCUUUAAAAUUAAACGAGAAAAUUAAGCUAGAAGUAUUCGAAUUAAUGUGUUUUUGAUAAUUCUUAAUUACCAUGAAAAAAUCGUUAAAAAUUUCAG